CAAUACUUGAACAGUGGUUUAAUAACAUGUAUAGAAAAUAUUUCUUUGUCAUCGUUCUUUGUAAUUUUGUAUUAAAGAUCAGCUCUAGUGGUUCAGACGUAGAAAGCGAUGUCUUACAAAGAAGUAGAAGACAACUGUUGUUCCCUAAUUCAACUCUCUACCAGUUAACCGUUGGCUUGGGAACACCAUCACCGGCAAAACUGAUUAACGUUAAUUGGGCUAUACAAGCUAAUUUCCAGCUUCCUUGGAACAGAUCUCAAAUACCAUUUGACAUAUUAGAAACUGAUGCUACAUAUACGGGAGUAUCAAGAAGGAAAAGAGAAUUAAACGAACCAGCAGCUCAACAGAAACAAUAUUAUCAAAACGAUGCUAAAUUAUAUCACUUCUACAAAUAUAUAGAAGAUGUUUUAAAUGGUUACGGGCACAACGGUACAUCAUGCGUUUUAAGGACUCUCUGUCAUCUGGCUGCUGAACCACUUCAUGUUGACGAUGACGAAGAUGUCCUACAUGAAAUAGCAUCAUUCGUUCUCAACCCUGAAAACGAUCGCCAUGACGACGGUUCCGUGGUCCCGGAAGCGACGCUCUACAUCGAUGCGCUCAAAGCCGAAAACGUUCAACAAUGCUUCAAUAAAUACGAUUGCUCCAUUCCCCUUAUUGAUUUAAGAAUACAUGACUCCCUGUCAAAAUAUCGUCAUGAAAAUGCUCUAGUAGUAACUGAUGUCAUGGAAUAG